AUGUCGAUUCAUCCACAGACCGAAAAAAGCACGGUUACGGCAACGAGCACGAAAAGUAUGUUGAUAACGACGCCCUUGGAAGAUUGCGAGAGCCCUCACAGGGUGAAAGUUUGCGUGGUUGGCGCCGGAAAAGUCGGGAUGGCUUGCGCGUUAUCGAUUCUCAUGAAAAGAAUAGCGAGCGAAGUUUGUCUGAUCGACAAGGAUUCCUCGAUGGCCGAAGCUGAAGCCGAAGACAUAAGACACGCGGGUGUUUUCCUCGGCAGUCCUCUCGUCUCGGGAACCUCAGACAUUACGAUGGUCCGAGAUUCCGCGGUCGUGAUAAUAGCCAUGGGAGAGCGAAUCCCCGGCGAGGUCCCAAACGUCAGGCACAAUUUGGAUAUCUUCAAAAAAGUCAUACCAGCGAUCGCGAAAUUGGCUUGCAACGCUAUUCUCUUGAUCGUGACUCAACCGAUCGACGUCAUGUCGUACGUGGCUUGGAAGAUUUCAAAGUUUCCAUCGAACCGCGUCCUCGGGACCGGCACGCUUUUGGACACGAUGAGAUUCCAGUAUUAUUUGAGCAAGAGAUUGGGCCUGGCCAACAGUUCGAUAAGCUGCGCUUGCAUCGGUGCGCAAGGCGCUAAUUCCGUUCCAGCGUGGUCGGGGGUCCACGUCGGGGGUGUUAAAUUGAACGACGUCAAUCCUCGGAUCGGGAGUCAGGGGGAUCCGGAAAGAUGGCACGAGGUCGCCGACUCGAUUCACCAAUGUGAAGAGAGGCUGGAUGCAAUGAAAGGAGAAAAAGGCCCGAGCUGUUGGGCCCUCGGAGUUUGUACCGCAGAGAUCGUCGAUGCUAUCGUCAGAAACACGAGAAUUAUUUUGCCGGCCUCGACGUACAUUCACAGCUGCUCCCACGGGACUGACAAGGACGUCUACAUGUCGGUACCUUGCGUUCUCGGAAGAGAGGGUGUGCAUCACAAGGUAAGACAGCGACUAACAGAUCAAGAGAAAUCGUCGCUUCAGGCGUGCGCCGACAGCAUUCGUAACGCACUCCGUGACUCUGGUAUUCUUCGUGAUACGAGCGAGGACUUACAGGACUGAGGACUUGUCGGGGAGUCCGGACCUCGUCUCGUCUCUCAGACUUGUUACUCUGAGACGGAAGAGCUUCGGACUGUUGCUUUAUAUUUUUUCUCUUCUGCCAUUUAAAAAUGUCGAUUUAGUUGAAUCAGUUUCUGAAGAGUUUUACGAAUUGAGUGAAAUUCAUAAAAAUAUCGAAAUUAACGAUAAUUUUGGUGAAAUUUUCAGCGAAUCUCGAUUAAAGUUGUGAGCGAAAAGCAAUAAAUUGUAUAAGUGAAAUUUUUAAUAAAAUCAAGCUCAGCGUGUGUUGAGCAGUUUGAAGACGUGAAAAAAUCCACUACGAAAAAGUGGGUGUGCUCUGAAAAAUGAGAAAUCGAAUUGAAUAAAAGAAGCGAUGUAAAUUGU